AUGGCCAGAGUCACCUACUGCACUCCUACGCGAUCACACGAUACUCUCAGUAAUAUCUUCGACCUUAACAGUGUCGAAAGAUUGUCUGUUAAGCUACUUGAGAACAUUAAAAAGUCUAGAGUGUUACGGUUCAAUGACUUUGUAAGUAUAGGUACGAUUCGUAGCCACACGGAAAAACGAACGCGAGGAGAUGCAAGCUUUUUAGAUAUAUUUGAAGACGUUGUGAACACAAAAUCGCUAAACCUAGACCUUGGUCUCGUAAGCCUCAAGCUGUUCCGAGAUGCUGGUGUAUUUAACGUCGGCUUAAAACUCGACCCACAAGGCUCCAGAGGCGAGAAGGAAGAUGGUCAAAUGUUACCUCUACUAUUGAUUGGAUUGAAAACGACAAUGUUUAUUAUUGGGGUGGUAUCAUUCGUUGGAUUACUGACGCUUAAAGCGUUCAUUGUGUCAAAAACCGCAAUACUAAUAGCGGUUAUCUUGGGUUUGAAGAAGCUCUUUGGCGGUCAUGAAAAAGUAGCAUAUGAGACGGUUUACGAUCAUCACGCCGUUAUCCCAGAUCACCACCAAUACUUCGAUCAUCAUUAUGAGCCAGAAGUUUUCAAAGGCCAUCCAGAAAUGCUUGAUCAAAAAUUAGUUGGCAUCUACAAUCUGCUAAACGAUGAAACGCAGAUUUUUCAGGAAAGCCAGGACGUCCCAAAGUACGAAUUUUUAGCACAUGAACCCGACACGCUCCAGGGCCAAGACCCCAAUGGACUGUUUGACGAUGGUCCAAAAGAGUACAAGCUCGAAAGUCAUCAGAAAAGGAGAAGCUGGAGUGACAUCGGAAAACGAAAAUCAUUUAGCCUUGUGAUUGGCAGUCCUCAUUACGAACCGCUAGUCCUCAGUUAUAAAAAAAUCGCAGGAGGGAAGAAUUUGCAAUCAUAG